ACAUUUUUGUUGUUUUCUCGAAAGUGUUGGAAAACCUAGUUUUUCAGUAACGAAAAUUUUGAACGGUUACGGUAAAUCGGGCAGGUUUUCACAAUAUUCCCCUGCUCUUGGCCGCUACAUGGAAGCAACACUUUUACUAGCAACAGUUCGCCUUUGAAUCGGCCGCUACUAAUUGCCCAAAGUCCAAAAAAAUCCAAACAAGAGCUUAUAAUAGCAGUAGACAAAGCAUGUGCGAUUUUUCCGGAUAGUUGAACAAGUGAAUUGUGCGCGUUUGUGCGAGGCGAGCCAUUGUUCCAUCAAAUCAACCCAAGUGCUUCUCUAAGCACAGAGCACGGGACUUUAAAAGAAAAUCGCAUCCAUUUGCGUUAGUGAGAAAAUCGCGUCAUUUCCGCGUUAUAAUGUAAUGCGGAAAUCUGUGCGGAACAGGGGGCUUUUGGGCAGCGCUGCUCAUUAAUAUGUAUCCCCAAUUUGAGUCCUACAUGUGGUGGAAACACAAACUGAAGCCAAAAUACGAUGAAACCCAACAUGCCGAUUUAUAAGAAGCACCACUGCGAACGACGAUCUGAUGAUAUUAUGGACGAUGACUCGGACGACAAAGACUCCAAAAGAAAAUCCCGGAAUCUAAGCGAAAAAAAGCGCCGCGAUCAGUUCAACCUUCUGGUGAACGAACUGAGCUCCAUGGUGUCGACCAGUAGCCGGAAAAUGGAUAAAUCCACCGUGCUGAAGUCAACGAUUUCUUUCUUGAAGAACCACAACGAAAUUGCCGCCCGAUCCCGAAUCAACGAAAUCCAGGAGGACUGGAAACCGACCUUUUUGACCAACGAAGAAUUCACCCAUUUGGUACUCGAAGCUGCGGAUGGCUUUAUCAUCGUUUUCUCCACCUCUGGGCAAAUUCACUACUCUUCCGAAAGCAUCACCUCCUUAUUGGGUUAUUUGCCGAAGGAUAUUCUGAAGAUGUCCAUCCUGGAUGUGGUGUGCGAAGAGGACCAGAAUGGGCUCUACGGUAUUUUGUCCAAUUCCGCUGACGAUGAAAAUCCCGUUUCCUUUUCCUGUCAUUUGAAGCGAGCUGGACCGGACGCCGACAGAACCCACUGCGAACUAGUGAACUUUGUCGGCUAUUUCAGAUCAGAUGAAGAUGUCGUACAAGAAACCGUUGCAAGUAACCUGGAUAAUGGUAAGAGUACGAAUCAAUUGAACCAAUCAUCACACUUCACUCAAUUUGCCAGCAGAAUGCUAUUUGUUGGCACUGGGAAGCUGCAAACUCCUCUACUCAUCAAGGAAAUUCCUCUAGUGGACUCCAGCCGGACGGAGUUCACUUCCAGGCACAGUCUGGAGUGGAAAUUCCUAUUUUUGGACCAUCGGGCACCGCCCAUAAUCGGUUAUCUGCCCUUUGAGCUUCUCGGGACCUCUGGAUACGAGUACUAUCACGUCGACGACCUAGACAGCGUGAUAAACUGCCAUGAGUCCCUAAUGCAAAAGGGAGAGGGCACCUCUUGCUACUACCGCUUCCUCACUAAGGGCCAGCAAUGGAUCUGGCUGCAAACCCGCUUCUACAUCACCUACCACCAAUGGAACUCCAAGCCGGAGUUCGUGGUUUGCACCCAUCGAGUCGUCAGUUACCUGGAUGUGAUCAAGCAGAGUCGACGCAGUCAGGGCAUGCCGUCUCCUAGUGAGGAGGCGCAGGACUCUUCUUCCAGUGCUUGGAGAGGCGGCGACAGCUCCAAGGGCCCGGACUCGAAGUGCACGUCUAUGUCAGCGGAUUCUCCUGCUUCCAGACAAUCGGCCAUAAUGGAAAAAUCGGCGAAGGCCGGAGCGAGUCCGAAGGCGGUUGGCUCAAUGCUCUCUUCGCCUCAUCAGCCGGAAGACAUUCCCCGGCAGGCGCAGCCUCUCCAUCUAGCCGCCGCUCAGCUUCAGAACCAGACUCAGUAUCUGGACCCUUCCCAAUUUGCGGCUUUGCAACCAGUCGCAACCAGUUAUCAGCCACAGCCGGUUCUACUGUCUCCUUUAUCGGUGGAGAAUGUGGUAAUUACCCCGGCACCAAACCAGCUCCAAGUGAAUUUGCAGCGCAAACAAGCUGAGCUGCAAGCCAUCAUCGAGCAGCAGCAGCAGGAGCUCAGAAGGGUUUCUGAGCAGCUGUUGAUGGCCCGGCUGGGGCUUUUGCAAAACCAACAGAACCAGAACUCGAUCAACACGGUUCAGCAGUACCCGCAAAACAGCUCGGGAACAGUGAGCAGUACCACGGCUCCCAUUCCUGUUCUACCUGGCACGGGUUCCAAUACAGCACCAGUGUCGGCACCGAUUUCUGUUACAGUGGCGUCCCACCAGUCUAGUGGACUAUACAAUACUUCCGAUUCCAAAUAAACAACUAUAAUUGCUUUGAAAGUGCUGAGGGCCGAAAUUGUGACAGUGAUAAGGGAGCAGUCUAAUAAAACUGCUGUCUAUUGGCCAUUCAGCCUGUAGAUCAAUGUGUUCAGUUUGAUAUAUGUGUUAUCUCUUAGGUAAACUGUUUAUAGAUUACUGCCAUGUGGUACCUGCAUUAUUAAUUGUUACGAAAUAAACGCUAUUUUAAUCUGA